CUCGCCGUCGAGAUGUCGUCUGCUACUUGUGUCGGAAUUUUCACAAUGUAUUUAUGAUUAUUAAAUUUUGCCUUGAAUUUGAAGAUUUAACAAUAUUUUCAACUAAUUUAAAGUGCAAGGAUAAAAAUAAAAACAUUGUAUGUUUAUUGUGUCAAAUAAUAAUCCUUGAAAAUGUUUCUUCCAAAGGUAACAAUUGGCUUAAAUAAUGUUAUUUUCGGUUCAAUUCGUGAAGUAGGUUUGAGUAGAAUAGUGACAAGUAGAUUUAUGUCUUCGAAUGCACUUUACACAGAGCAGGCCGUUCCAGAUAAAUUGUACAAAAAAAUUGAAUUAGAACUUCGAGGACACGAUAAAGCUGUUUUAAAAAGUUAUGGAGAAUUUGCGAACAUGACCGCAAAUCAUUUGGGAGUUUCUAUAACAAGAAAUGAACAACUUUACAAAGCAGUACACGACAGAUACACGGUAUUAAAAUCGAAACACGUUCAUAAAAAGCAUCGAGUUCAAUAUGAAUUCAGAACGUAUUUUAGAUUAAUUGACUUUGAAAAGCUCACAGGAUCAACGGCCGAUACUCUCCUUGAAUAUAUACAGAGGAAUUUACCAGAAGGAAUUGCAAUGAAAGUGACAAAGACUGAAAUCAGAGUAUUGCCGGAAAUAAUUAGUAAACCACCGAUUCAAGAAGUUCCCAAGGAGACGUAAAAUUUUAUAAAAGAGCCAAAUAAAUGUUUUUAAUGUUAAA